AUGGAUUCCGGACAGCGAGAGCAGUUACUUGUUCAAGACUGGCUUUUGACUCCGGAGGGAGCAGAUGUUUUAAGGAGCCUUUCUGUGAAUGAUAAACAGCUUAUGCCAUAUGGUUUGUUGGAGCGACCCAUUUUGCCUGCUAGCACUCAUCUUGAAGAUGUCCAUUAUAAAUUAAUAGUGGUGGGCAAAGGGGCUGUUGGCAAGACAAGCACUGUUGCCCAUCUGUCGGGUCGUACAGUUCCUGAUGUGCACAGUGAAACUGCAGGCAUCCAGACGACAAAGAUUUAUUGGCCGGUUAAGAUCGCUCACUUAAACAAGAAAGUACUGAUGAAUUUGACCUUCUGGGACACUGGAGAAGUUUCCAGCAAAAAAUUUGACCACAUUUUUCCAGCGUGUAAAAGUGAACUGGAUGGAAUUCUUUAUUUGUUUUCAUUCGUUGAUAAAAGUAGUUGGGAGGAGCUCCCUAAUUUGAUUGCCAGGCUGACAGAACCAGGAGACACACUAGCAACAACUGUCAUUGGUACAAAAUUUGACCAGUUUGCCCACAGUGAGGUUAGUCAACGAGAUUUGCGAAACUUUGAGAAAAGAUGGCAAACAACAGUAUUGAAGAUCAGCAAUGUGCCAACUUGUGAUGAUAGUAAUGGAUUGGGAGCUAUUAUCUCUUUAUUGAACUGCAUAUGUAAUAAUUUGUUGAAACGGGAUGUGUUGAGAGAGGAAAGAAAGUGA